AACCCAUUGGUACAACAUUGAACAUUAUAUAUAUCUAUAUAUUCGUCGUUUAGCUGUAGCCUCACUAGCCUGUAAUAGCUGGCUGCUGAUUUCCGACGGUUUUUUUUACACUUCUCAGUGUACUGUCCAAAAGAUCGGAAUUAAGAACCGGAAGACUUACCCGGUUGCUUUCAAUUUUUCCAUUGCGCCAUUGAAGUCUUCUCGAAACCGAUGUGAUCAUUCGCAGACCAUCGUCGAUAAUGCCAGCCGCCGAACUUUACAGAGAAGGAAUGUCUGGAGAUUCCGAAAAGCACAAACAACAACAACAUCUUUCAUUGUUGAAAGAUGAAUAUGUCAAGCUUCAAGCUUAUUGCAAUGAUUUGGAAAAAAAACAUGCCACAUUAGCAGCAACAUAUGGCGAUUGUAAUGACAAAAGUUUUGUCUCGAGGCUCUUGAAAACAGUAACAACAUUGUAUAACAACCCCCUUUACAGUGAUUUAAAUAUAACAUUGGCUAAUGGCGAUGUUCCAGCUCAUAAGUUUGUUUUAUCAUCACGAAGUGAUAAAUGGGGAGUACCUGAUUUAACUGAAGUUAUUUACUUAGAUUGGACCGCAUUGCCCUUAGAUGUUGGAAAAGCACUACUAAAAUGGAUUUACACAGAUCAAGUAGAUUUCUCUAAAGGUGAUAGUUUCAUCUUAAGCUUGAUGAAAACAGCAGAUACAUUUGUUUUAGAUGAUUUAGUUAAUAAAUGUGAAAAAGCACUUAUGGCCUCGGUAAAUGUCAAGAACUGUGUAAAGUUUUAUACAACUGCUGAUGAAAUUGGAGCUCAUACAUUAAAAGAACAUUGUUCAAGUUUAAUAUCUGCUCAUUGGGAUGAUUUUACAAGUGAUGAUUUUGUACACAUGUCAGCACAAUUUUUAUACCACAUGUUUAAGAGCAAGACCAAAUACCCUCUGCAUUCAGCUGUUAGGCUUAAAAGAGAAGAUGUUGUAUUCUUAUAUAUAGUUGAGCAUAGUUCACAGUUGAACGUCAAGAUCAACGGGCUGGACAACAAAGGCGAGUCGGCGCUAGAUCUGGCACUGCGCGACCACCAGACCAGCAUCGCGGAGAUGCUUUGCGAGAACGAGGCGGAUCCGGACGCACGCGAUCGGACCGGAUAUACCCUGCUCCAUCUGGCCGUGCAGAGGGGAGACUCGUACGCCGCCAACUUCCUGUUGGCGCACGGCGCUUCCGUCAGCUCGGUGACGCCGGACCAGGGCGACACGGCGCUACACCUGAUCGCCAGCUCGACGCCGCAGCACUACGGGACGCCGGAUGAACCGACGUCCGCCGCCGCUGCAGCCGCCGCCAUGACGGCCGUGGCCCGGUCGCUGCUCGACUCGGGUCUGGAUCCGAACCUACCCAACAGCCAGGGAUUCACUCCUUUGCACUUGGCCGUGUUGGUGCACAACGACGACAUACUCACGCUCUUGUUGGACGAACACGCCCGGUCGAGCAAGAUCGACUUGAACGCUCAGACAGUCGACGACCACACUCCAUUGUACUAUGCGCUGAUACACACGCCCAAGCUCGACACCGACGACAGCUUUGCCAACCGUUUGGUGACGGCCGGAGCGAAUCCCAAUCCCAUUUACAAGAAGACGUCCAAUUCUAUGUUGCACAUCGUCUCUGACGAGAGUCUCGAAGACGCAGCUCUCUUCAUUACGGCUCGUUGCAAUAACAUCAACUACACAAACAAACUAGGAGAAAGUGCAUUACAUAUCGCGUGCAAAAGAGGACUGUCACGUCUCGUUCGACGUUUACUCGAGUUUGGAGCAAACCCGAAUCUACAAACAUUACCACCCGAUGGUGUAAUAUUGAGCACGGAUGAUGGUAUUCAGACCUCGUACAGACUUUCGCCAUUACAUAUGGCCAUAAUUAACAAACAGGAGGGUGCCGUGAAUGCCAUCUUACACCACCAUAAUACUAUCACUGCUGAACCCAAAGAUGGAUUGUCUAUGGUAAAUUUGAAUCUACGCGAUUCACUAGGAGAUACACCUUUAUCAUUGGCAUUAAAAUGUGACAUGCAACACAUUGUGCCUGAUCUCAUUGCUGGUGGCGCUGAUAUUGACAUGAGAAAUGGUGAAGGUAUGACACUCCUACAUCAAGCAAUAUUGAAAGGUGAUGAAAAAACUGCUUUGUAUUUAGUGAAACAAGGAUCAAACUUUGAUGCUAAAACACAAGAUGAUCAAACACCAUUGGAACUAGCUACAAUCAACGGCCAGAACAUUGUGGUUGAAGAAUUAUGCAAACGUGGUGUUGAUAUGGCAGUACCAUCGUCAAAUGGUGACCCUAUACUAUGGCUUGCUUUAACCUCCAAUCAAGAAGAUAUUGCUUCUACGCUUGUCAAGUAUGGUGUUGACACCGAUUCGUGGAGUGAAGGGCCAGAGGGAUGUCUGCAAACCCUUCUGCAUCGAGCAAUUGAUGAAAAUUCUGAAAGUGCUGCUCGUUUUCUUAUUCGAAGCGGCUGUGAUAUUAAUAAUCCACGUAAGCCGGGACCGGGUGGUCGUGGUGGAGAUGAGUCAAAGGAUCAAUCAUCUCCAUUGCACUUAUGCUGUCAUUGGAGCCUGCAGAGUGUAGUUCAAACAUUGUUAGAACACGGUGCCAAUGUCAAUGCUUGGGAUGCAGAACAUAAAACUCCACUUCAUAUAGCAAUUAAAAAUCAGCAUGCAGGUAUUAUAACGUUACUACUAUGUCAUCCGUCCAUUGAUCUUACUAAGAGAGAUCGCACUGGUUUGACUCCAUUUGCGGCCGCUCUGACAUGUCGUAAUGACAAAGCCGCUCGAUCGAUAUUGGAUAAGUUACCAGCAGCCGCAGAACAAUUUGAUAAUAAGGGAUGCAACUUUUUGCACAUGGCUAUCCAAAAAGGUGACAUUGAAAGCGUCUUGUUCUUGUUGUCGGUCAGUGUAGACGUCAACUCAAGAGUUCAAAACGAAUUACAGACUACUCCACUUCAUUUAGCAGUUGCAACGGGCAAUGAAAUGUUAGUGCGCAGUAUCAUUUUAGCUGGCGCCAGGGUAAAUGAUCAAGACACAAUGAAGAGGACAGCAUUGCAUGUAGUUAGUGAAGCUGGACAUGCUUCAAUUGUGGUCGCACUGUUAAAUAAUAAUGCUAAUUUUGAUGCAGUCGAUUGUGAAGGUCAAAAUGCAUUGCACAUUGCUUGCCGCGAGGGUCAUUUACAAGUGGUUCAAACUUUACUGGGCGAAUCCGAGAUCAAUGCUGAAGCUUUGACAUUGAAGUGUCGAAAUCCACUUCAUGAACUGGCCAAGUAUAGUAAGGAGAGUUCGGCAGCCAUAUGUGAAGUAUUUCUUGAGUACAUGCCAAAAUACCCUCUUGAGGUACAAGAUGCUGAGGGAAAUACAGCAUUACUAUUGGCGUACAUGAAAGGCAAUGGAAAUUUGUGUAGGACUUUAGUAAAAGCUGGUGCUUGCGUUGGAGCUAUGAAUAACGAUGGUAUCACUAUAUUUAACUGUCAAAUGGCUACUACUCAAUUGUUGUUUAGAUUGCUUGAUAGUUUGACAAAAGAGCCGCCAUGGGUAGACGGAUGUGAAGUGUGUCAGGAGUGCGGAUUGAAAUUUGGUUUUACAAUGCGUAAGCAUCAUUGUCGUCAUUGUGGUAGACUAUUAUGUAGCAAAUGCUCCAGUCAAGAAGUUCCUAUCAUAAAGUAUGGGCUAGUGAAAGCAGUAAGAGUCUGUGCCUCUUGUUUCCAAGUUCUGCAAGGCGGCUAAAGAGUAGUGAGUAAAAACCGUCUACAUUGUGACCACAUUACUUGGUUAUUUUGAUGUAUUUAUUACGGUACUCUAAAUGUAACCUAUUGUGCAAUUCAAUAUUUUACUGUUCAAUUUUCUACUCUAAAUAAUAAUCCAACAUGGCUUUAAAAUAUUUACAUAAUUGCAUGUAUUUGUUUAUUAUUGUAUUCAUUAUUUUAUUUCAUUUAAUUCCAUUUAAUAAUUUUAGAUACCUUUAUUACAAUAUUGUUUAUUAUUACUUUUUUUUUUAACCUUUCUAUUAUAUUUUAUGAUAAAUUAUUGUUAUUAUUAAUCAUUUAUUUUUACACAUACAUAUAAUUUGAUUAUUUUUGUACAAUUAUAUAUUAUAUCUACUAUAGUAUAAUUGGUUACCUAUAUAAAUUAAUAUGAACUGAUUACCAUAAAUAUAAUGCUUUUACAAAU